AUGGCCUCUCCCAGGGAAGAGAAGAAUACUGUCAUUGGACAGUACAACAUAAGAGAGAUCAUUGGUUACGGCAGCUUUGGCUGUGUAAAGCUGGCCCAUCACCGCCUCACAGACACCACAGUGGCAGUCAAAGUUCUCUCCAAGAAAGAGCUGAGAAGCCAUGAUCUAGAAAAUGAGGUGGACAUUGUGAAGAGUGUACAUCACCCACACAUCAUCCGAUUGUUCCAGGUGACGGAGGAUGAACACUGUGUGUACCUGGUCACUGAGCUGGCCACUUGGGGCCAUCUCUGGGAGUAUAUCAAUAAAUCCCCUUGCAGCCGCCUCUUCGAGUUUGAAGCCAAGAGGUUGUUCAGGCAGAUCACGAGUGCCGUUCGGUACCUUCAUGAGAACGGUAUUGUACACCUAGACCUGAAGGCCGACAACGUGCUGUUGGACACCAAUCACAAUGUCAAGGUCAGUGAUUUUGGCCUUAGCAUCAGGGUGACCCCAGGGCAGUUGGUAAAGGGGGUUUGUGGAGCCUUGAUAUUCCGCCCUCCUGAAGUGUUCCUAUACAACAUGUUCGAUGGGUACAAGGUGGACACUUGGGACUUGGGCAUCCUUUUAUAUAUGAUGACAACAGGAAAGUUCCCAUUUGAGGGGAAUAAGAUGAUUCAGAUAGAGAACAAAAUCCUAGAGGCCAGGUACACCGGUCCCCUUUACCUAUCUGCAAUGGGCCGUGAUCUCCUUUCUAAACUGCUGACUGUGCACUUCAAUCAGAGGCCUGCUAUUAAGAAAAUAAUGCAGCACCCAUGGCUGGCUCUAGGUGUGGGAUUUGGCCUGCUUCCUGAUGAGCCACUGCCCAGCAAGCUGGACCCCAUUAUUGUCACAGUCGUGUGCGACAUGGGGUACAGUGUAGUUGGCAUUGAAAAGGCAAUCCAGGGCCGAGAAUUCAAUGAAGCCAUGGGCACCUACCUGCUCAUGCAGGAACACUUCAAGGAGAAUGCCAGCAGUGUAGAACCAAAAACGAUGCCUUUGCCUAAUCCACCAUGCCCAACUCCUGAGGACAAUCCCACCAGCCCUCUCCCUGCACGAAAAAAUGCCACCUUUUCUGCACCAUCUAAUGCCUUCAGCUUGCCCUCAGAAUUUCAGUUCCCUCUGAAGAGAACACGAAGUGCCAGUCUGCCUGUCCUUCUGCUCUACACCCUGCAGAGCUCCAGUUCCAGCUUCAUUUGGGGCCCGGAUUCUUUUAGCUGGUCGGGCACACUAGACAGUUUCCACUCAGUGGAAAAUGCUCUUCCCUCUGGGCAUCCUCAGGGGGAGGCCAUAGCCCCCAGGUGGAACAUUAGACAGGGCUGGAGGAGGGUGGCUAACAGGAUAGUCAGUAUUCGAAGGAUCUGCUGCUGCGUAAAGGCCCCAGAGUAA